AUGACACAUUCUCCCAAAUUAUUUUCAACCUCCACCCUUAUGUCUGAUUUGCCAGAACAGACCGCUAAAUUAUCUGUUAACGAACCUGUUGGCCAAGUCCCUGCCGAGCAACUCGCUCCAGCUGUUGUUGGGGCCGGUGAGGAGUCUACUAAUGAUGCCGAAGUUGUUCUUGGGCCCGACGGCCAGCCGCUGUCCAAAAAGGCUCUCAAGAAGCUGCAGAAGGAGAAGGAAAAGGAGGCCAAGAAGGCGGCAAUCGCUGCCCGCCUUGCUGCUGAAAAGCAGGCUCGUGAGUCUGCCGAAGUAGACUGCUCUGAGGGCCGCUAUGGCAAGCUACCUUUGAUCCAGUCCCGUGACUCAGAUCGCACCUGCGUCAAGCGGAUUGCCAUUGGCGAUCUCAAUGCCGACUGGGCCGGGAAAGAAAUUGUCUUCCGUGCACGAGUCCACACUUCUCGUCUUCAGGGAAACAAGAUGUGCUUUUUGUCUCUGCGCCAGCAGUCCAACAAUGUCCAGGGUCUGCUUGUAGUUGACAACAAGAAUGUUUCAAAGCAGAUGGUCAAAUGGGCCGGGUCGAUCUCUCUGGAAAGUAUUGUCCUUGUCAAGGGUGUUGUUGCGAAAACACCCGAGCCGGUCACCUCUGCUACCGUUCAGGAUGUCGAGAUCCAGAUCACGGAGUUGCACACCAUCGUUGAGACUCCGGCCCAGCUGCCCAUUUUGAUUGAGGAUGCCAGCCGUAGCGAAGAGAUGGCGGAAAAGGCUGGCCUGCCCGUUGUCAAUCUUGACACCCGUUUGGACAACCGCGUUAUCGACUUGCGUACCCAAGCUAACCAGGCUAUUUUCAAGAUCCAGCACGGCGUUGGCUUGUUGUUCCGUGAGUUCCUCGUAAAACGGAAGUUCACUGAGAUCCACACCCCCAAGCUCAUUGGCUCACCUUCGGAGGGCGGUGCUAAUGUAUUCAAGGUUACUUAUUUCAAGGGUGACGCCUAUCUUGCCCAGUCUCCGCAGCUCUACAAGCAAAUGUUGAUUGCUGGUGACUUUGAGCGUGUUUUCGAGGUGGCUCCAGUGUUCCGCGCUGAGAACUCCAAUACCCACCGUCACAUGACCGAGUUCAUGGGUCUCGAUCUGGAAAUGUCCUUCGAGGAGCAUUACCAUGAGGUCGUUGACACUUUGGAGGAAAUGUUUGUUUUCAUUUUCUCCGAGCUCAGCAAACGCUAUGCUGAGGAGAUCGCCGUUGUGCGCAAGCAGUACCCUGUCGAGGAGUUUAAGCUGCCCGAGGACGGCAAAAUGGUUCGGCUCCAUUAUAAAGAUGGUAUCGCCAUGCUGCGCGAGGCCGGCUACGAGCUUGGCGAUACUGAUGAUCUCACCACAGAGCAGGAAAAGGCCCUCGGCAAGAUUGUUCGCGAAAAGUACAAUACCGACUUUUACAUUUUGGACAAGUUCCCUCUGGCUAUUCGUCCUUUCUACACUAUGCCCUGUCCCGAAAACCCCGAGUACUCUAACUCUUACGACUUUUUCAUGCGUGGUGAGGAGAUUAUGUCGGGCGCCCAGCGUAUUCACGACCCUGAGCUCCUUGUGGAGCGCAUGAAAGCCCACGAGGUCGACCCGACCGCGCCAGGUCUUUCCGACUACGUUGAUGCAUUCAAAUACGGCGCGCCUCCUCACGCUGGCGGUGGAAUUGGGUUGGAACGUGUUGUUAUGUUCUAUUUGGGUCUCGGAAACAUUCGCAGGGCCACUCUCUUCCCUCGUGAUCCUCGCCGUCUCCGCCCAUAA